AUGCAGCUCCCAGUUUCAAUCUUAGCCUUUGGCACUUUUUUUGCCCUAGCACUGCCCACUCCACCUCCACUACGAAGUCAAUAUCUGACUACAGAGCUUCCGGGGUCACAGGCAACGCUUCAUCAGUUCUACAAGGAGGAAACCUGGAAAAGCGAUGUGGCAGACAUUCCAUCCACCCACGCCAUAUUUAAUGGCAUGAAAGAGAAGGACACCUUCACCGCAAUAGUCAUGCCCAACUCCAAAACAUCAAUCCGGGGUCCGGCAGGAGCACCGGGUACAUUGAGACAAACACCGCUCGACUAUGUCAAGAACGCAGCUACACCUAACGACAACUUCAUCUUUACUAACGGCGGCUUCUUUAUAAACAGUCCCGCGUCCGAAAAGUACGGCUACUCGAUCGGCCCACUGCUCCAUAAGGAAACCAAGCCAGAAAAUAUUCGUACCGAAAAGAUACCUGCCCAAUACGCCAAGGAUUACAAGAAGCUGGUUGGUGACGAUGGUACCUAUCUCUGGAGCGGACCUCAGCUGAAGGAAUGGACGCGGAAGAUUGAGCACGAGGCAAGAUUCCAGUACUGGGACAACAAACCAGACCCCAAAACCACCAAGACCCCCAAGACGGCUUUCACUAGGAUCCCCGGCAACCUCGCCCACAGCAGCCAGAGAAACGAGCGGCUUGCCUUGGUCGAAGCCACCUACCAGCGAGCGGGAAAGCCCGUGGCGGUCAAGAUCGUCUUCGCGUACACGACAAACGAUCGACACCGAGGCGGUGUGACCAUUUUCGAGCUCAGGGAACUAAUCCAGAAGUUCUUGAUGCAGUUCAUAGACGGUCUGACGCUCGAGCGCACAGAGCUAGCCAUGAACCUGGACGGUGGCGGUAGCGUCUUUGUGGGCCUACAGUCCAGGGGGACGACUUACGCCAUCGUAGGUGGUAGCCAAAAGGACACGCCUGUGAGGUUGGGACUAAGGAGUCCAGGAGAGUUGAAGUACGCGGUCCGCGCCGUAACAAAUUUUGUAAGGCACGAUCUCGCUCCCAGUCCGGCCGGCGACACUGCUGGGAAAAGCCGCUCACCUUCACCUGGGGGAAGGUCGCCCAGCACAGGAGGUUCUCGUAGUCCGUCGAGUGGAUCUGCGGUUAGGGGACGGGGGACAGGCACGCCGGCCAGGAGUGGGAGACGUAGGUAA